AUGUUUGAGGAGCUGCAUCAUCGUGAGAGUGUAGAUGAGAGAGUGUGCAGGUUGUGGUGGACACUGUUGGCUGCCUGGGACACAAAGGUUGUAAAGAGCAUCAGCAGGACAAAUGGCACUCUUGUGGUUAAGCACUCUGUGGAGGCUGUGAAUGCUGGUGUGAAUCCCAUUGGUGAUACCUCCUAUAACUCCAGCCACUGGGAUCUUGGUAGUGCCUUCUUCUUCGCUGGAACUGUCAUCACAACCAUAGGGUAUGGUAACAUUGCCCCAAGCACUGAGGGAGGGAAGAUUUUCUGCAUCCUGUAUGCAAUAUUUGGCAUCCCGCUGUUUGGAUUCCUCCUAGCAGGUGUCGGGGACCAGCUUGGUACCAUAUUCGUCAAAAGCAUUGCCAAGGUGGAGAAGAUGUUUCGGAAUAAACACAACCAGAUCAGUCAGACUAAAAUCCGUGUGGCCUCCACCCUUCUCUUCAUCCUGGCUGGCUGCAUCCUGUUUGUCACCAUCCCAGCUGUGAUCUUCAAACACAUUGAAGGCUGGACAGCGUUGGAGUCAACAUAUUUUGUCGUCAUUACUCUGACAACUGUUGGAAUAGGCGACUAUGUGGCAGGGGGAGAUCGGAGGAUUGAGUACCGUAAGUGGUACAGACCACUCGUGUGGUUCUGGAUCCUGGGUGGUCUGGCCUACUUUGCUGCAGUACUGAACAUGAUUGGCGACUGGCUGAGGGUUCUCUCCAAAAAGACCAAAGAAGAGGUUGGAGAGAUCAAGGCUCAUGCAGCGGAGUGGAAAGCUAAUGUGCGAGCAGAGCUCCGGGAGACGCGUCGGCGUAUGAGUGUCGAGGUCCAUGACAAGCUGCAGCGAGCUGCCACCAUCCGCAGUAUGGAGAGACGCCAGCUGGGCCUGGACCAGCGCGCCGUGUCCCUGGAUAUGCUUUCUCCAGAGCGACGGGCCAUGUUCAACAGUCUGGACACCAACAGCUACAAAACCUCCUCCCAGGAAAGCAUUGACACAAAGCUGAAUAACCUUCGGCUGCGGGGGGCCGAACAGUGCGACCGUCGCUCCAACCACCAAACCACGUCUGAGGACAACAUUUUCAACCGCCUGGGCUCCGUCACCAAGCUGGCCAAGCGCAACAGGAAUCGGGACCUGAAGAAGAACAUCCCAGACGAGGCUCGGCGGCCUCACAGUGAGGCCUACGGCUGCAGCACGCCCACUUUUGACUGUAGGACACCCACUAUGGAUGAAGGGAAGAGGAAGGAUGAGGGAGAGGAUGAGAAUGAGGACAAGGAGUGCAACACUAGCUUGUCUGAUUUUCCAUUGUUUGUGGAAGCUUGCAAGCCACAGAAUGGGUUCAUUCCAGAGAAAACCAAAGAGAAUGAGAGUGAGAAAACACUUGAAACAAAAGAGCUGCAUAUUGAGAUGGGCCCAUAGACAGACUGUGCUCCUAAAACAGGGGCUUUUAAAAAACACCAUUAGUGCCUUAGGUCCCCCUUAUUCCUGUGUUUGCUUAAGCUGGGGCAACACCUGUCCCUCUGUGCUAUAUACUGUAAUGAUCACAUAUAAUAUUCACUGUGCCCAAUGGAUCUGAUGGACUCACAUUGUGUUGGCUUCAUCACUGUCCACUGUAUGGAUGCAAGACCUGUUAGGGUUUUUGUUAUUCUGCUAUGCCAAAUGAUGGUCACAUUAAAACAAAGUUGUCUCCUAAUAGGUGGUUGAAGGACGACAACUUGGGUCUAUAUUUGUAGCUUUAGCCAUCGUUUCUAUGAGUUAUGAUAACAUUGUACUCAACCAAAGUACUUGUGCAUAAUCUCUAUGAGUCAUUUCUCCCCUAAUAUAUGAAAAAUGUACAUUUGUCCCCCUAAAUAACUGUAAUUGAGCAGGCAUCAUUAGUUCCUCCAACUUCUAAAAGAAAGCUACUUUGUUGCCUCAAUAUUUAUUCACCCAGUAUUCAGUGUUCCCAACUCUGAGCCAUACUGGAUGUGUAGCACUCACAUCAACACCUUCUGCUUCAUGUUAGCAUACACACCGAUGUACCAUGAACAUAACAGCUGUGGGUGGCUCACAAGCCCUCUCCAAGUUUUGGGUCAGUUCUGUAUUCUCUGAGCGCCAUGAACUCAUCUCUGAUUCACAAGUAAGAGACUGUCUGUUUGAGUCACACUAUCCAGUGAGUCACAUGUGUAUUACUUGAUCAACCUGCCAGUGUGACUGCUAUUGUUAAUUUUAGCACAAAAUAUACUUUCCAGGUCCACAUAGCCACAAGGAUCUGCAUGAUAUAAAAUUUGUCAUGUACACUGUCCAUGAGAGCCUGCAGGUACUGCUUACAUGUAGCCCAAAAUGUACGUGUUGGCAAACAUUUACGAACAUGUCUGCCUUUGCAGACACCUGAUGUAGUAUCAGCAGAGCUGCAUGUUUGUCUGCUAUCCAUGCUCUAGGCCCCAUUUACAACUGUCAUUUCAGGUGUCUUGUAUCUGGAUAAAGUCCUUAAUACACUUUUGUUUAAACUUAGUCACAUAUAUAACUACAUCUCUGUUGGCCAGUUCACAAGUCUGAUUGCAGUCUAUCUUGGUUUUCCUGUGCUUCAUGGAAAUGGGUGGGGGUAAUGCACCUGAAGCUAUUUGACACCUGCAAGACGAAUAACUUUUUCACGUUAGCAGUUUUGCAAAACUUACAGGCAAAAUGUCUGCACUUCAGAAUACAAAUAGGAACAUGACUAACGGGUGAGGCAACAGGUUCCUUUCAGAUGAUGUCUUUAUAAGUAGUCAAGCUGGCCUGAUGUUGUAGCAAUAUCACUGUGUUCCAAGAUCUUAGAAAUUAACUUGGUGAGUACAAUGUUGCAAUCACUAAUAGGAAUGAUGACUAUGACAGUAAGACACUACUUGUAAUGAAACAAAAUUAUCCUUAAACAUGGAAAAGGAAGCUGAUGGUCACAUCCAAGUCCAAAUCAGAUGUGUUACAUGUGUAACUUUCAGCUAAGAAAGACCAGAUUCACACUGGUCUGAGGUGUAGGGCUUGAAUAUAGCAGACAAUGCAGAAUAAAAGAAAUUUGCAAAUCCAUUUAAAACAAAAACUUAGUAUAGUGAAUUAAAAUCAGAUAGAGAUAUUGCUGCUGAUGUGACAAAAAUCCUAUUUCCUAAAGUGUCAGCUUUAAUGGCCACUUAUGAUAUGAUUUGAAAUGUUUUAAAUGAGGUCUAACAUGUGCACAUGGACCUCAAAACAAGGUGCUGUGACUGAAUGUGUGGCUCAAGUUAGAACAUAAGUAUUGAAUACACAAAAAUAACAAUGAUGAACAACAACAACAACAAAAAUCAGCCAAAAAAGCUGCUGUGGACCAGUAGAAUAGUAACACAUCACAGACGCUCAUUUUACAUGUAACACUUACACUAUGUGUUUGUGCUGUUUUUCAUGUUGCCUAUUGAAACUAAAUUAUGAAAAAUGUGCAUUUAAAUGUGAAUGGAAAUGAUUCAGAACAUGUCGUCUGUGCAUGGUCCCCAAGCUAAGCUGUUGUCUCAGUGCAAUGUUCAAAAAUGCUACCUAAAUCAUGACCUCUUUGAACACUAUCUCAGGGCUUGUUGUCCUAAUGUUUGUUGUUGACAUUGUCUGACAAGUGCUGCAUUCACACUUUGAAAAAGAUGAGGGACAUUGACUGUACCUGCGCUUUUUGAAAAUGAAUGACACCAGAAUGGAAGAUAAGCCAUACUGCAAGGGGAGGGACUGACUCAUACUAUACACAGAACACCGUGAAAUGAUGGGCAAGUUUGAGAUUAGAAAGCGCGCUGCUGUUAUUGUGAGAGUGCAUUGUGUACUACUUGUUGUUUUUGGCUCAAGCAUAUCCACAGACUGUCAAAAGGCGAUGUACGCUUCAUGAUCUCACCCAUAAGCUAACUGAUGGGACAUUUUGGAGCUUGGAUCUGGGUUUACGCUUCAGCCACAGCUUGGAGAAUCCAAAUUUAAACAAAGGAUCCUGAAUAGAACUGAGCUGGGACAAGUAAGCGGUAACCACCACGGCUGACACACCCUUGAUAGGCUGAGACAGCUGUCAGUCAAGCGAACAUGCUCCAAAACAUUCUUCUCUAGAAGCCUUAAUACUUCCUUGACGGACUCUCAAACCCAAUGAUGUAAAGUGACAUUAAGUAAGUUUUUAGCUAUAGAGAACCAAACGUCAUGUGGAAAAAAACUGCAUCUCUGUGGGGACUUCUAUGGAAUUCUAUGCAGCUGGAUAUUUUUUGCAGCCAGCAUCUAGUGGCCAUUAGUGGAACUGCAUUUUAAAACAUCACUGCAUCGGCUGCAGCAGCUGUCAGUCGUGGUGGUGGCCUCUAGAGUGUACAUUAUGCUGACAAAGUUCAUUUUCAUACUCGCUGUGUACCUUUGAGAGCAAUGACACCACAUGCAUAAAAAAUGUGAUCUGUGCCACUGACUGUGCUACACUAAUAUUAUAAUGCUCACAUUGUCUUUUUCACAGACACUCCCCAGCCUUAUGUGAACAUACUCACUAACUGUGUAUGCACACUAUUGGUCUGAUCCUACUGUUCACGUCACUAAGUGAAGCUCUAGGCUAGUGUGAAUGCAGCAAAAGCAAGGACUACAUGUGUUUCAAAAACGCUUCUAAGAACUACAAAAAUGUCAAAGCUUAAAAAGAAAACCAAGACAAGACAAAAAAGGCAUGCUAUAUUGCAAAAUUAUAUUACAAUGUACAGUGUAUGGUGUUGAUUGUAUACCACCACAUGCUUCAAGAGGAUGAUGCUUAUCAUAGCAUUUUGUUUUUUUCAACUGCCUGUGUUAAGAGGCACAAGCCGUGCUCUGUACUUGGACGUUGCUCACAGUAUCUCUUGUGCAACCAUUACAUUAAAUGUAGUGAUUGCC